GUUCAUUAGCACUCGUGCAGCGCGAUAGUAAACAUUGCUAAAAACACCGUAUAAAAACACCGUAUUACAAAGCUAUUUCACGUAGAAAAACUACCAAAACUGACCAGAAUGGCUCUCAGAACGACCCAGAAUUCGAACUAUUUGGAUACCAGGACAAACAAGGAAAACACUGAAAGGGCAGGGAAACAGCAUGUGACGAAGAAUACAUUUGGCACCCGAGCAGCUCUUGGAGAUAUCCACAACAAAGUUUCCAACCUCCGGAUAAAAGAUGCAGCAAAAAAGCCAGUCAAUAAAGGUUUGACAAAGCAUCAGGCAACAACAUCACUGAAGAAUAUUGCGGAGAAAGAAAACUCUCGCGCUAAAGCUGAGGUCCCAAUCGGCAAGAUAAGUCCAGUCAAGGCCUAUUCAAGCUAUGUCUUGCCCUCAAAUGUUGUCGAUAUUGACAGAGAAGACUACGAAAACCCACAGCUCGUCAGUGAAUAUGUAAACGACAUCUACGACUACAUGCGUUUCUUAGAGAACAAGUAUGCAGUGGAGGCUGACUAUCUGGGUGCAUCACAGGAAAUCAACGGCAGGAUGCGUUCAAUCCUGAUCGACUGGCUGAUCCAGGUUCACUUGAGAUUCCAUCUUCUCCAAGAAACGCUCUACCUCUCAGUGGCCAUCAUUGACAGAUUUCUUUCAAAGGAACGUGUUCCCAAGAAGAAGCUCCAGCUAGUUGGUGUUACAGCUAUGCUAAUUGCAUCCAAAUAUGAAGAAAUGUACGCGCCAGAGAUUGGUGACUUUGAAUACAUCACAGACAAUGCAUACACGAAGGCUGAAAUCCGACGCAUGGAAUGCCACAUUUUGAGAACUCUCGACUUCAACCUUGGCAAACCACUUUGCCUUCACUUCCUCCGAAGGAAUUCCAAAGCUGCUGUGGUCGAUGCCACUAGACAUUCGAUGGCCAAAUACUUCAUGGAGUUGACCAUUAUCGAAUACAACAUGGUGCACCAUGCUCCGUCAAAGAUCGCUGCUGCUGCUCUUUGCCUCUCAAUGAAGGUGUUGGGUGGAGAUGCAAAUUGGACGGACACCAUGUCGUUCUACAGUGCGUAUCCAGAAUCUGAAAUCAAGCCUGUGAUGCGACAGAUUGCUGCCUGCGUGCAGAAAGCAGACACCGGAAAACACACAGCCGUUUACAACAAAUACUCUAGUUCCAAAUUUGGUAAAAUUAGCAAAUAUCCCGAGUUGAAAGGACCUGUGAUUUCAAAGGUUGCAGAUUCUUAGACAAGAGACUCCUUGACAAAGACUUAUUUCUGCAAAAUCGUAUUUUAUUUGCCUUGAUUUGUAUGGUGGAGGCUACUGAUCAUGCAAGUCUGUACCAGAUUGGACUAGAAAUCUCCUGUGCAUCAAACCAGGAUCAAGUGUAAAUUUCUCAUCAUGAUUUAGGCCCCAAAGAACUGAUAUUGUUAAUGGCAAUUUAGAAAUAUUGUGCUGGGUGCAUCCUACCUAGCUCUGUCAAUUAAUAGGUGAUUGAAAAUAUCAAGUUUCUCGGCCUAGCAAGACUUUGUUCUAAAUGAGCAUCAAAGUGUCACCAGGUUUUAAGCAAUUGGUGACUGAAUUGAUCAAUAAUCUAGUGCUUCUGCUCAUCCCAUGAUACUUGCCUCUGAAUGCUCUGGUUAUAAGAUUUUGGCGAGUUUUUAAAAAGCUAUUGUGUUGGGUUCCUGUUCACCAUGCUUUAUUCUGCAAAGUGUUGACUGUUUCUUGCGUGUAUAUAGCAAUGAGCAUAAGCUUUUAUCCAUAAUGUAAUGAUGUAUAACAAAUAUUUUUAAGUGCAAAGUACACAAACUCCAAGAUGUGUCUUUUGAGACCGGAAGGGUCUGUCCUGGAUUUUUGUGAGGCUUUGUUUUAUCAUUUCUUGUUUUUGCAGAUGGAUUUAGUUUUAGACGCAGUGAAUUAAGAUGGGGAUUAAUCACUGCAUGCAUUGUCUAGUUAUAAAGUCUUGUAUUUGUAUAGUAUGUGUUUUGUAUAAUAAAUUAAUGUAA